AUGAUGACGUCACUAUCCACGACACAGAAUCCGUCAAACGGGAAAGAGAGCACAGUAACCCAACCCGCCAACUGUCCGUAUCAGUUGUUCAAUCAAGAAGUUGUAUGGAAUGGAAAGUGGAUUCAAACUCGACAAGUUGGAUUCAAGACCUCUAAUGGACAACAAGGGGUUUGGCAAUCAGUGCAUCGCAACACAAAGCCAAUCGAAGCCCCAGCCGACGGAGUUUCCAUUCUCGCCCGUGUCCGAAAAGAGGGAAAACUCUUUCUUGUUCUCAUCAAACAAUAUCGUAUUCCAUGUGGAAAAUUGUGUCUGGAACUGCCAGCUGGAUUGAUUGAUGCUGGAGAGACAGCUCAACAAGCGGCGAUUCGAGAACUCAAAGAGGAGACCGGAUAUACCAGUGGGAAGGUUGUUAUGGAAUCCAAGCUCUGCUUCCUCGAUCCAGGACUAACUGAUGAUUCUCAAUGUCUCGUGGUCGUUGACGUGGAUGGAGAUGCUCCAGAGAACCUCAAUCCCAUUCAAGUACUCGAUUCAACCGAAUCAAUUGAAGUUUUGCUCAUUGAGCAAUCCAAACUGAUGGCCUAUAUUUCCAAUUUGGAUUCCUCGUCCAUCGUUGUCGAAUCCACGUUGUUGGCCUACGCCAUGGGUAUUCAAUUCGCCACACUCCAAUAG